AUGUCAUUUGCUCAGACGUAUAUCUUGGCUAGCAAGGUGAGAGCCAAGCUCACGAAGGAGGCUGCGUCGCCCAAGGCCAGUUUGAGGAACUUGGUGACCCAGGCCAACAUGUUGGACAACUUGAUGGACUACAUCAGCGAGGAGACGGAAAAGAGAACCAGGAGGGACCAGGAGCAGCGUGAGAAGAGACGGGUGUCGUUUAGCGAGCCCGAUGGUCACAAGCCCAGAGUUUCCAGCGGGUUAUCUGCUUCGCCUAGCUACAAGACGUCGAUUGUUGAAUACGAAAUCGACUCGGAUUCAGACGACGACGACGACGACGAGGAUGUAGCAGAUGGAGAUGACGACGAGUAUAAAGAUGACGAGGUUCACCAGCUCAGCGGGGUCAUAUUUGACCAGAGCUCGAGCCUGAAAAACUACAACCACAUUCCACACAUGAGUUCCGAGGAAGCAGAUGACGAUGACACAGAAUCGGACUCGGAUUCAGACUCAGCAAGUUCAAUGUACUCGAGCUCAGAUAACGACUCAGACGACUACUACAUCUACUCUGACGAGGAAGACGAAAGCGCCGGCGACAAGAUCCCAAGGUCUUUCAGCAUACCGGCUUCUCCCUCCUACAGAGAACUCCCCACUUUAAACGUCACCAUGAACUCGAUUGCUGAAGAAGAAGAAGCAGACGCAGAAGAAGAAGAAGAAGAGGAAAUCUUCAGCGAGGCAGAAGUAUCUGACGACGACACAAUAACUGGCGACGACCUUGAAGGCCACAUGCCAGAGUUAUCCAGAACCCACUCACUAACCGACGAUGACGAAGCCGAAACUUUGGUUGAUCACGAAAUUGUCUCGCCCAACCAAGACAGCAAGCGUCUAGUCAAGUUGGUGAGCUUGCACACUAGAGACGACGAACCAUCGCAUCACAACCAUCAAUAUUACGUGCCUGGACUAUUCAGACACGACAACGUCGCAAUCGAACAUGUAUACUAG